UCGGGGCCCAGUGCUCCCAGCUCCUCGAGGCUCCCACGCCCAGCGACAUGAGGUGCCUGCUGUUUCUGCUGCUCUGGGGGCUCCCCCAGAUUUGGAGAAGUUCUGAGGUCCCGCAAAGGAAUUUCCCGUUCCGCUGCCUCCAGAUCUCGUCCUUCCUCAACCGCAGCUGGGCGCGCACGGACGGCUUGGCGUGGCUCGGGGAGCUGCAGCCCUUCGUGUGGAGCAACGACUCGGACACUAUCCGCUUCCUAAAGCCCUGGUCCCAGGGCAAAUUCAGCGACCAGCAGUGGGAGAUUUUGCAGCAUCUGUUUUGGGUUUAUCGAAGCAGCUUCACCAGGGACAUACAGGAAUUCGUCAAAAUGCUGCAAAUAGCCUAUCCCUUGGAGAUCCAGGUGUCUGCUGGAUGUGAGGUGCACCCUGGCAACACCUCAGAAAGCUUCUUCCAUAUAGCAUUACAAGGAAGAGAUAUCCUGAGUUUCCAAGGAACUUCUUGGGUGCCAGCCCCAUAUGCCCCACAGUGGGUCAAGAAAAUCAGCAAGCAGCUCAACUAUGACCAAGGGACCAAGGAAGCAGUGCAGUUGCUCCUCAAUGACACCUGCCCCAAAUUUGUCAGAGGCCUCCUUGAGACAGGGAGGUCAGAACUGGACAAGCAAGUGAAGCCUGAGGCCUGGCUGUCCAGUGGCCCUACUCCUGGGUCUGGCCAUCUGCUGCUGGUGUGCCAUGUUUCAGGAUUCUACCCAAAGCCUGUGUGGGUGAUGUGGAUGCGGGGUGAGCAGGAGCAGCCGGGCACUCAGCAAGGUGACGUCCUGCCCAAUGCUGAUGAAACGUGGCAUCUCCGAGUAACCCUGGAUGUGGCAGCAGAGGAGGCGGCCGGCCUGACUUGCCGAGUGAGGCACAGCAGUCUAGGAGGCCAGGACAUCAUCCUCUACUGGGAACAUCACAGCUCCAUGGGCUUGACAUUCUUGGCAGUGAGAGUGCCCCUGGUACUUCUGACAGCUCUUGCAUUUUGGUUUAGGAAGCGCUGGUGAGUUCUUUGUAUCCAUCCUUCCUGCUCUUUGCCCCACUCCCCACUUCUCUUUCCGUCUUUUUUGUUUUCUCUCUCCUCAGUUUUCCUCCACCCAGUCCCCUUCCUUCUUCCUCUUCACUUCUCACCUCCACCUCAUGCACAGUGACUUCCAUAUCUGUUGUUGACAGGACACACUGUGAACAUCCAAGCAGUAUUCUCCCUUUAGAAUGAGAUCCCAGCAGCCCAGGGGCUCAGGAUGUAUCUAAACCUGACACAGAUAUGACAUCCACUCAACUCUUCCUCUACAACAUUUUUUGUUGUUGUUCACUUCUGCUUAAUGAUCAGUUGUUAAUAUAAGCUAGAUGCAAUUUUGCAGGAUUUCUUGUUCUGACCUGAGUUCUGGGACUUUAGAAGUCAAAUUUUAACUCUGAGUAGAUUAGGGUACUAGCAACCUCCACAUAGUCAUAUUUUAAUGGGUUUUAAGGUCCGUUUCAGAUAUCACUUCCUCCAGAGGACCUUCCCUGA